AUGGACGGAGGCGCAGAGGAGAGCGGGCGCUACACAUAUGCGCUGCAGCGGUGGCUCUUCGUCGGCAAGGGGGUGCCGCUUCGACUGGUCGAAGAGCAGCCAUUGUUCGCGGCCAGGAAUGAAGACGGCAGUCCGGCGGUGGCUGGGUUCUUGCGCCUGAGCUUCACCCUCACGCCAUACAACGUCAUGAUUGUGCACGGAUACGACGCAGGCGACAAGCAGCUGACGACGCCUCACGCAAACUACGUCAGCAUCGUGCCGUGUUUUGGGGACAGUGACCCGUGGACAGACCGCGGUCGUUCGGUCCAUCUCACGUACCAGGUGCAUGCUUCAACGUGCAAGUAUCGGCCCCACCUCUCGUUUCUUCCGCCCAAGUACCUGUUGCUCAACACAGGGUGCGCUAUACGCAUCAUCGAGUGGGAGCUGAGCCGUGCGAGCACACAUGAGAUGCCAUCAGGCACGAUCGUGCGAAUACGACGCCAGAUGGCUUUCGAUGCCGAAGCAUACAUAGGGCGAAUGCUUCGCACAAACCCCGUACUUCGGACGUGCAUGCUCGUAGAUUACGAAGUCGAGGUAGCGCGCUUGUUGGUGGAAAACGAGCGAGCGCUCGUGCUCGAUCCGCGCGUCCUGCACUCGUUCGUCUUCACCUUCUUCCUUAACUGCGCGUCUGGCGGCAUGCAGCUGCUUAGCCUCCGACCAGCGCCCUGCGAUCAGCUUGCCACCAGCUUGGCGCAAUCGCUGCAGCAGCAGUGGGACAGUCUGCCCAUCGGGCCGGGGGCGCUAUGCCACACGUGGACCAACGACACCGUACUCUCCGGCAAGUCCCUCAGCGCCAUCCCACACCACUUCUACCCGCUCGCCCUGUGCCUCUUGAAAAACAAAUAA